AUGAAUCCGCCCAUUUUUAAGGUUUCAUGUGCCGUUACAUAUAUGAAGGGUCCUAAAGGUCCACCAGGCGAUCCUGGACCACCAGGUCAACAAGGUCGUGUUGGCCCCAAAGGUCCUCCAGGAAUAACGGGAAAACCUGGUGAGAAAGGACCUCGAGGUCCAAAAGGCAAUGUUGAUAAGGUAAACUGA